UCUAAUCCUAACAUGUUAUGAGCACGUGAAAUCCAGUCUGACAUUUAAACCAAUCAGAAUACAAGAAUGAUGAAUAAUCUUCCAAUCAGAAUCUAGGUCGGUCACGUGGUUUUGUAUACACGGUCACAAAAGUACAGUUUACGAGUACAUUUUGCCUGGAGCCGAGUAGAUAUCGUGGUAUUUGAAUAUUCAAGCAAGAUUUUACGAGGAUUUUACAACGCAAUGGCUUCUCAACGAGUAAUGAACUUUUCACCAGGCCCGGCUAAGUUGCCUGAAGAGGUGUUGGAACGUGCCCAGAAAGAGCUGACGAACUAUAGCGAUACAGGCAUCAGUGUAAUGGAGAUGAGCCAUAGAUCCUCAGACUUCUCACAGAUCAUGAACAGAACAGAAUCGAAUCUCAGAGAAAUCAUGAAGAUCCCCGACAACUACAAGGUACUCUUUCUGCAGGGUGGGGGCACUGGGCAGAUGGCAGCUGUGCCCCUAAACCUUAUCAAGUUGAAGAGCUCAGGUUGUGCAGACUAUAUCAUCACUGGAAGUUGGUCAGCAAAGGCUGCUGAUGAGGCAGAAAAAUAUGGCACAGUUAAUCAUGUUUACCCAAAUACUAAAGUCUACACAGGUGUGCAAUGUGUCUCUACCUGGAAGUUGAAUCCAGAUGCAUCUUAUGUCUACUAUUGUGCCAAUGAAACAGUACAUGGUGUGGAGUUUGACUUUGUACCUGAGACCAAUGGUGUUCCCCUUGUCUGUGACAUGUCAUCAAAUUUCAUGUCUAUUCCAGUUGACUUUACAAAGUAUGGAAUGGUGUUUGCUGGAGCUCAAAAGAAUAUUGGUUGUGCUGGUGUUACCGUAGUGAUUGUACGAGAAGAUCUGAUUGGUCAAGCAAUGAAGGAGUGCCCAAGUGUGCUUGACUACAAGGCUCAAUCCAGAGCUAGUUCCCUCCUCAAUACACCUCCCUGUUAUAGCAUUUACAUUAUGGGGUUGAUCUUUGAGUGGGUGAAAGCAAGUGGUGGAACAGAAGCCAUGGCUGAAAAGAGCAGGGUGAAAUCUGAAGCCAUAUAUGAUGUCAUUGACAAAUCUAAUGGGUUUUAUGUUUGCCCUGUUGCUGAGCACUGUCGCAGCAGAAUGAAUAUACCAUUUAGAGUGGGAAAUGCUGAAGGGGAAGAUCUGCUGGAGAAACAGUUCCUAGAAGGAGCAACUCAGCGUGGAAUGAUUUCACUGAAAGGGCAUAGGUCUGUUGGAGGUAUCCGUGUGUCUCUAUACAAUGCAGUCAGUGUACAGGAUACUAUGCACCUUGCAGAAUACAUGCAGGAGUUCAUGGCACUACAUCAGUAGACGCUGCCAUAGAAAGUAUUAAAGGGGAUAUCUCUCUGUUCACAAUUAUGAAGUCAGCCAUCAAGAUAUUGCACAUUGGAAAUCUCAUUUAUUUUAGAAAUGUUUUUGAAAAACAAACAUAGAAGACUUCAUAAUAAGCCAUAGUUGAAAUUAGCCUAUAUAGUCUAAAAGGUGAAGUUCCUCAAUGAUAAGAAUAGCACACGGAUGAAAUUAGAUGGAUAUCCCCUAAGGAAUACAUUUACAGGGUGUAGCAGAAAAUAUGCUAGAUUUCAAUGACUAUUGCACUUGAAACUAGUACAACUUUAACAUAUGUACAGAAGUUAACAUAUCAAUGCAAUUUUGAUGCGAUAGAUCCUAGUCAGGGAAACAAUAGAAAAUAAAUAAAAAUGGAGGAGUACUUAAUAUAUUGAUAAAGUUCUUAACUCUGCCAAAAUUACAAAUUCCUACAUCUUGCAGAUGUUAGACUCUUUUGCUAAACCCUGUAAAUAUGUAUAACAUUCCCUUCUACUUACAAAAUACCGUGUGAAUAUACAUGGUGACACAAAAAGCAACCAACUGAAUAUCUCGGGUCGAGUUUCCAAUGCAGGAAUAAGUGAUGUUCUUAUGUUACAUCAAUGACUUUGAGCUUUAGAGAAAUCAUGUUUUCCAUCUUAGGAGUGCUCGUGCCAAAUCACUCAAAUAUGCAAGUUCAGAAAUACAUUUUUGGAAUGUAUAAAACCAAGUCUACUUAUGAAAGUUAUUCUGAAAAAAGUUGAAAGAUUAUUCUAUAUUUUUGGUAAUAUGUAUGAAAGCAGACAGGGAAAAACAGAAAGACCUAUGUAUUUUGAAUGAUAUUACAUUACAUCAGAGCAUGCUAAGAUUGAAAAUAUGAUUUUUGCUAAAAUAAUUCUCAAAUUAUAAGAUAGCAUUUUUGUAUCACCUUGUACUUUUAGAAAGCCGUAAUGUGGGAAGAUAAUGAAGCUAGAAACUGGAAAACAACUUUACAAACUAGGUGAUCAAAAAACUUUUAUGUACAUAUACGUAUAUCUUAAUUUCCCUUUUAUGGUCAUUUUGAAUACUUGAAUUUUUUCUACAUCGUUGCAUAUUAUCUGUGAUAUCUGUCAUUUUUUGAAAUAUUAGCAUUAACUAGAUCGUUUUUUUUCUUGUUGCCAUUACCUUUAAUGUAUGUGUUGCCAUGACUUUCAAUGUUUGUGAAGGGGUAGACCUUGUUUCUUGAGUAUAAUGCUUUGUUUGUUAUAGCUCAUUUGCUAUUUCCUACAUAAUAGCUCCAAUGAUUCAGGGACCAAUUGAUUAUCAUUGUAUAUAAAGAACUGUAAAUCUCUUGUGCAUGUACUAUGACUUGAAUGAUGUAAAGUUUUCAGAGAACCUACAUUGAUACCUAUUGGUGAUAUAUAUGACUUAAGAUCUGUAUUCUAACUAGUUAGGUACCUGAACAAAUCAGAUGCAUAUCAACUUAGUUAAAGGUUCAGUUAACCUUGGUGAAGUCUUGGUUAACUUUUUGCUGGAAGUAUAGUUCUUGUAGUAUGGAUUAUGUAAUGUAAAUAGAAAAUAUCACCAUGUAAAUUAGUAAUGUAUAUUGGUAGCAGUGGCGCACAAGUGAAAAUGGGAUCAAAUAUUUCAUUGCAUUCCAAAACCAUGGGAGACUGAACAUAUUCAAUAUUGUAUUCAAGAAACCUAGAAUACUUUAUUUAAUGUAUUGCUUUAAACUUGUAACAUUUUUAUUUUACAAGGUAGUUGUGGAUUUUAGCCCAAAUGUUUUGUUCAUAAAAUAUAUUAGUGUUUAUAUGACAUUGUCGUUGUAUUUUCACCUCAUGACUAAUGACCAAAUGAUCUCAUGUUAAGCAUGGACAGCUUCUAUAACCUUAUUAGGGUUGUGUUGUGGAGAAGGAUAAUAGUGAGUGUAUUAGUAACUUUUUUUGUAUGGUAAAGUUGACACAAGGGCAAAUAUUUACUGUCAUUACUUACAUUGGUCAUUUUUUCUAUGACAGCUGCUAUGCAGUUCUUUUUAUGUCACCAUCACAAGUGCUGACAUAUUGUCAUAUAUCUUUAAUUUUUUGUGGACAGUGUUUGGUGGAUGUUGUUCAGUGUCUGUAACAAAUGGCAGGUGGUGACAUUUUUCAUGUUAAAGCCUUGUUUGUACGAAAUGAUUUGUGGAUGU